GGGUGGAGCGGGCGAUCGCAAACUGGUUUCACAACGUUGUGAAACUGAUUGUUGGCCUUCUCGCUGUACUGUCUGCCACACGCCAGCGUACACGCCCGACACUGGCGGGGCACAGGUGAUUCCGUCCACUGUCUCUCUAAGAGCAGUUGAAGUUGCGAAGUGCAAUGUAAGCUUUGUGGUGGAUUGCUGGGAGAUGGAGCAUUGGAGACAAUGUGCCAACUGGCUGAUUGACUGUAAAGUGUUGCCCCCGAAUCACAGAGUGACCUGGGCUAAUGCUCAGGUUUGUGACUUGGCCUGGGCUCUGCGAGAUGGCGUCCUCCUCUGUCAGCUCCUCAACAACCUUCGACCACACUCUAUUAACCUCAAGGAGAUCAAUCUGCGACCACAGAUGUCCCAGUUUCUCUGCCUCAAGAACAUCCGAACGUUUUUAAAUGCAUGCUGUGAGAAGUUUAACAUGAAGAAGAGUGAACUGUUCGAAGCCUUCGAUCUAUUUGACGUUCGAGAUUUUGCCAAGGUCAUUGACACUCUGUCCUAUUUAUCAUACACUUCCAUAGCUCAAAGGAAAGGGAUCUGCUCCUUUCCAACAGAAGACAGCUUGGCUGAUGAUGAUAUCUACAGUGGGCUUUCUGAUGUCAUUGAUGACACUGGAGAGGAAGAUGACGACCUAUAUGAUUGCGUGGAAAAUGAAGAUGAUGAAGGAGGUGAAAUAUAUGAAGAUCUGAUGAGGACUGAGGUUGUGAUGGCACCGCCACAGAGGAUGACAGAUUCAGACAAACGGAAUUGCUGUCUUCAGGAGCUCAGGCAGACGGAGGAGAAGUACACGGAAACAUUAGAAUCCAUACAUCAGCAUUUUUUUAGACCAUUGCAUCGGUUUCUCAAUGUCCACGACUUAGAGAACAUAUUCCUCAACAUUGAGGAACUAUUGAAUGUGCACAAAGGUUUACUAGAAGAAAUCCAAACCUCUAUCAAAUUGAACAACGCCCAAAACCUCCAUGAAAUCUUCAAUAAUUACAAGAAAAGGUUGUUACUGUAUGGAAGGUACUGUAGCCAGGUGGAGGCAGCCACGAAACACUUGGACAAGAUCGCGAGCAUAAGGGAAGAUGUUCAUAUGAAGCUGCAGGAAUGCUCCAACAGAGCGAACAAUGGAAGAUUCACCCUACGAGACCUCUUGAUGGUGCCCAUGCAAAGAGUCCUCAAGUAUCACCUUCUGCUUCAGGAAUUAGUGAAGCACACCACUGACGAAAAAGAAAAGGAUAACUUACGGACAGCUUUGGAUUCCAUGAGGGAUUUGGCCCAGUGUGUAAAUGAAGUGAAAAGGGAUAGUGAAACUCUCAAACAAAUCACAAGCUUCCAGUUAUCAAUAGAGAAUUUGAACCAGUCAUUGGCUAGUUACGGGCGACCCAAGAUAGAUGGAGAGCUACGCUUGACGAGUGUGGACAAACGCUCCAAACAGGAUAGAUAUGUAUUUUUAUUCGAUAAAGCCAUCAUUAUCUGCAAACGUAAAGGAGAGAACUAUGAAAUGAAGGAAGUAAUUGACCUGCAAUAUUACCAGAUAAAGGAUGACCCAUUGGGUAGCAGAGAAACCAAAAAGUGGAGCCACAUGUUCCUUCUAAUUGAAGGUCAUGGACAACACGGGUACGAGCUCUUUUUCAAGACCAGGGAGCUGAAAAAAAAAUGGCUCGAGCAGUUCGAAAUGGCUUUGUCGAACAUCUUCCCGGAGAAUGGAAACUCAAAUAGCCACGAUUUUCAGAUGCAUUCAUUUGAAGAGUCAUCAACGUGCAGGGCCUGCCAGAUGUUGCUCAGGGGCACCUUCUUCCAGGGCUAUCGUUGUAGCAAAUGCAAGUCUGCAGCUCACAAGGAAUGUUUAGGAAGGGUAAAUCCAUGUGGCAGGCAAGACAGCGGAUCAUCAACUUUGACCAAGAGUAAAAGUAACAGAAUUCCACCAAGCCGCACAAUCAAAACAGGUUUGCCCAAAACAGAAGUUUGCCAAGACUAUUAUGGGAUGCCUCCUCCGCCUGUGGCCUUUGGACCUGCUUUGAAGCUGUCUUUAGGAGAAAUAGUCGAACUCACCAAAGCGGAGGUGGAACAGCAGUGGUGGGAGGGAAGGAAUACAUCCACGAAUGAGAUUGGCUGGUUCCCCUGUUCUAAAGUAAAACCCUUUGUAUGUGCACUUCAAACAGACUAUGCAGCCUAUCCCUGGUACGGAGGGCCGAUGGAGCGCUGGCAGGCAGAAUCACAUCUCGGCACUCGUUCGGAUGGCACCUACCUAGUGAGGCAAAGAGUGAAGGAUGCUGGAGAAUACGCCAUCAGCAUCAAGUUCAAUGCAGAAGUAAAACACAUCAAGGUGACAACAGCAGAUAGUUUAUUCCGUGUGACAGAGAAGAGGGCAUUCAAAUCAUUAUUGGAUUUGGUGGACUUCUAUCAGCAUAAUUCCCUAAAGGAAUGCUUUAAAGCAAUGGAUACAAUUUUGCAAUAUCCUUUUAAAGAACCUGAGAACAGAAUGGCUCCUAAAUUUUCAGGGGCGAGUUUGAAGUGCUACGGGACAGCAAAGGCCCGAUAUGACUUCUCAGCCAGGGACCGAUCAGAGCUGAGCCUGAAGGAAGGAGAUGUGGUUAAAAUCAUCAAUAAGAAAGGAUCGCCGGGAUGGUGGAAAGGAGAAGUGUACGGCAGGGUGGGCUUUUUCCCAGCCAACUAUGUGGAGGAAGAUUAUUCCGAUUACUGUUACUGAGUUACCUUCCUCAUGUUGCCAAACAUGGAAGAUACAAAGAAGAUUCUACUUCAAGGCAGAGGCUGCUUUUGUGUGGCUGUCUGCAUCCAGAGCCUUGUUGUGUCCCUAAUAUACUCAAAGUAUUAACCUUCAAAGUUCUACUCUUCCACUAUUGUCAUUAUUCUUUAAUAUAAACAAGUCUUUCUUAUAUAAACGAGAACCAAUCUUUCUGUAUUUAUUAAUACAGUUUAAAAAUGUCCUGAA